AUGCCCAAAUCGCCCUUCCGCCGCAAGCCCGCCGCCCACGGUCCCUCGUCCCUCCUGCGCUUCCUCUUCCCCCGGACUCGAGCACGCGCGCGCCUUCACCUCUCCAAGUUCCGCCACGACACGCUCCACUCGCUCAAGAACAGCGCCAAGUCCCGCAUCUACAGAUACAUCGUCUACCGCCAGGCUGCCAAGGCGCAGGGGAAGCAGGGUAUCGUCCAGCGCCUGCGAGGCUACACGCGGAGGUUGAGCGGCCGCAGCUAUCUCGAAGAUGCUGCGAGGCUGCGACGGCAGCAGAUAGCCACGCGUCCGGGAACCACACCUUCCGGCAACAAAGCAAUGACGUACCAAGAGAGCUACGAGGCGCGAGAGCCUGGGACGCGGAGACGGAAGCUGGCGGGCUAUCUCAAGGCCGCGAACGAACUCCGGCAGACAUACACCCAGCAGUAUGCCUCCAACUGGAGUAGCAAGGAGGCUCAAUAUGACUAUGAGGACGACACACCAGGCGGAUUUCCAGAUGCCGCCGUCGUCAGGAGCGGGCGGGAGGAGAUGAUCCUCUUUCCCAGCUAUGCCCGGCGACACAUAAAGCGGAAGCCAGAAGCACAGCCAGGCACCAUCCAAGAGACGGAAGGCCAAGGGCGCGACGUUCGAGACUCGACCGGCGCCGGCGAUGCCGAAUUCUGGAAACAGCAGUGGAACAACUACGAGGACGACAACGCGGUCGUUGACGUCGAUGUCCGCGGCUGGAUCUACUCGCCACACAGGGGGCAGAUGUCACGCAAGCAGAGGCUGUUCAUUGGCCUCGCGCGGCAGUUAGUCGGCGUACAGGCACCUGCUACACCCAACUCAUCUGCGGAGAGUAGUCGGGAUACGAGUCCGCAACGGCACGGCUUCCGCGAACGAGCCCACCUGCGCGAUGCCCAGCAGGACGAAGCCAUGGCGGCCAGAGAGGCCGAAGAAAUUCUACGGAGGGGCGAGAGAGAGGCAAGAGCUGCAGCACGCGGUGCUUACAGCGAGAGGCCAGCCAAGGACAUGGACGACACGCAGCUAUACCGAACAGAAAGUGGGAACAGCACGAGGCCCAACAACGGCAGGACCCACCAGCUCGCUCACAGCACAUCCAAAGAUUCCAUGAGAAGCGAAGCCAGUAUCCAACCGUUGCAGAAGAGAGGGUCAUGGAACCAGCCGUCGGAGAUGAGCCCAUCAGAACUCGCUGAAGCCAACGCUCGGUUGAUGGCUCGGCUGCGACACUUCCUAGCGAUACCCAUGGCCAAUACGCCCAUCAGUGUCUUCUUCUACAAUGAGAACAUAUCGAAACAGAGGACCGUAUACACCGACGCCGCAGGCCAUUUCAGUAUGAGCGCGGCUUUAGACUUCGUACCCACCCACGUUCGCAUCUUAGCAUCAGACAAGCUAUCGGCAACCGAGGAAGUGAUUGUCACUGCCUCGCAGGGUAUCAGCAUAAUCAGCGACAUUGACGACACAAUAAAGCACUCCGCUAUUGGCAGCGGCGCUCGCGAAAUCUUUCGCAACGUCUUCAUCCGCGACCUAGUCGAUCUCACCAUCGAUGGUGUCAGAGAGUGGUACAACAGAAUGGCGGAGCUGGGAGUCAAGUUCCACUAUGUCUCCAACUCGCCCUGGCAGCUAUAUCCUGUCAUCUCCAAAUACUUCGAGUUAGCUGGACUACCACCAGGCUCAUUCCACCUGAAGCAAUACAGCGGUAUGCUCCAAGGCAUAUUCGAGCCCGUGGCAGAGAGAAAGAAGGUCACUCUGGAUAAGAUCGCAAGAGACUUCCCAGAACGAAACUUCAUCCUAAUCGGAGAUAGUGGCGAGGCGGAUCUGGAGGUUUAUACCGAUUUCGUGCUUGAAAAUCCUGGGCGAGUUGUCGCCGUUUUCAUCCGCGACGUCACCACGACAGAUAGCCCGGGCUUCUUUGAUCCUUCCACCGGGUCCUCACCAGGCGACCACUCUUCAUCAACACCAUCGACACAACGCAACAGUGGUGGUAGCUCGGCAGCUUCGACUAAGGCUCGACCGCCAUCUGAAGAGCACGACCCUGAACUGAAAGCUGCCAUUGCAGCCUCAUUACGUGACAUGGAUGCGGAGAACAACAUGCGUCCAAGUUUGCCUGAUAGGAAGUCCUCUCCGCACACCACAUCACAACAAGCUUCCUCGAACAAUCUGAUAGACCUAUCCUCCGACGAUGAGGUAAAUGAUUCACCCGCGCUGAGGAAGUUCAAUAGUGAAACUCAAGCCGACAACGAAAGACAUCGCUCAUCAGUCGCCUCGAAUGCGAGUAUGAAGUCUGCGCCGCCGCCUCCUAAGAAGCCAGUCGCUUUAAGGAGCCCGUCGACGGAAUCAUUCAAUGCGCAAUCCACUUCCAACCCGCGACCGCAACCACCUAAGCCCCGAAAAACCUCAGCGGCUGUCACUCAAUCCAGUCCGCUUGCACAGCAAGUCAGUGCUUCAAGAAGCGCAAACACAUCAGCACUCUCCAAACCUCCAGUGGGACCUAAGCCAUCUAUGAGCUACCAGAGCCAGGCGUCAGAGGACCAGCAGUCAUACGCUGGUAUGGCUCGCGACAAGUUGUGGUCUGUCUACAGUAAUCUACCCGCACUGCGUUCAACAGAGGAGCCCGGUUCCAAUGCUUCCAGUCUAGAUGUAACUGGUGUUCGCAAAGGCCCACCUCCGCCUCCGCCUCGACGCGGAAACCGCGAUACAGCUGCAAGCGCAGCGUCUUACGUGGGCUCCAAAGCAUCGUCAGCGUGGCAGAACGCACCCUCUAUACCCUACCAUAGUCGCCCUCAGGCCAUCUCUGCGCAAACAUCUCAGCCAUUCUCUACUGCAGCGCCGCGACAGGGCAUCAACCGCACCAGCACCGGUAGUACCCUAGGUGGUGCUGCAGGCGAGCAGUACGGCACAAAGAAGGAGCAGUUGUGGCGGCAGAGAUGGGCACAUGCAGAGCAGGUUCUCUCUGAGCAGGGCGUAAUACUGCGAGGAUGGAGGGUAGGCAGCGACAUCAUGGGCGAGGCGGAAAGAAUAGUCAAAGAGGCCGAUAAGAAGUUCAAGCGCGACGAGCAGCGAGGCGAGGCGGGAAACGGGAGUACCGGCAAAGCGAGCGAACAGAAAUGA